GCAGCAUGGCGGGGCAGAGGGAGCUCCAACAAGGCAGUCACUGCCACAGAAAAACGUGGAUUAAUGUCCUACUUGGAAUACUACAGAUAUUAUUGUCCCGUGUACAACAUGGAGGCGCCCAGUUCCAAGUCCUUACUCAAGAGCCCAGUGUGGUUGAAGUUUGGCAGGGAGAGGACGUUGACUUCAUUGUGCCGCCUCAGGCAGAGGAGGAGACAAACAGAGAGAAUCUUCCACCGGAAGAAAGCUCAUUUUAUGGGGAAAAUGGCAGACCGCUGCGUUUUCAGCCCCCCCUGCUAGAGUUUGGCUCACAGCCUUUAGGGUUGCCCAGAGCUGAAACUGUGUACAUUCACAACCCCAGCCCUGAGCUGCCCGUCACACUGCUGUCAGUAUUUACAGCUAGUAAACACUUUUUUAUGCCCUCCUUCCAUAGACGGGUGAUUCCACCCAGAGGAAAGACAUCGAUUAAACUUGUCUUCCUCCCCACAGAAGAGGGGACUGUAGAAAGCUCUUUAUUUGUAAACACAUCCACACAUGGGGUUCUCUCCUACCAGGUAUUCGGCGUGGGUGUGCGUGAAGGGUCUGUGAGGGAAGUCCAGGCUAAGGAUGGUCUGCUCUUCUUCCCACGCAUUCACAGCAUUAGAGUCACUCAGACUCAGGAAGAUUCCUCAAAUAUUACUAUUCUUGGUCUGUUAUUGGACUGCAGUUUACCAAAGCCCCUCUACAACCACCCACAGGGGCUGUGUUUUGUGGGCUCAGAUGAAGGGAGUUUCUCUCUCCAGAUCAGUCUGCGUGAGAGGGGAGACCUGCCAGCUCACCUGGACAAACUCAAACCCUACGUCCUGGAGAAUAUUAUGGUGCUGCUCACACUUCCUCCAGUAGGAGGCGCUGCAUAUCCUAGAAUUACUGUCCACAUGCUGAACUCAGGGGUCAAAAAGCUCUUUGUGAAGGAUGUCCAGGUUCUGUCGAGAACAGACAGCGCGGUGGAGCUAAAACAGACGCAGCUAAAUCCCUCAGCCAACAACUUCACCUUAGUGUCCACACUGUCCUGCAGGAAGGCCAUGUCCGCCCAGAGCAGACAGUGUUGCAGUCAGAUCAGCCUGCGGGUUUUGGGAGACAGUUCUGUCAGGAUGUUCCCGGGUCUGAGCCUCACACACAGGGGGUCUAAGCUGGCCUCUCUGCUGCAGGUCAGACAGACACACAGAGGGAAUGAUGGUGUGGAUGUGUGGAUCACUAACACUCUUCCCUUCACUCUGUCCAUCACCAACAUCACCCUCUCACACUCUGCACACCGCCCCUUAAAGGUUGUAAAUUUCACUGGCCCUGUGGCUGUUUCCUUCGGCUGCUGGAAGCUUUUGUCCCUCCAGUUGGUCAUCAAGACGCUGCCAGUCAACCUGAUCACUAUGGCAACCCUCACCACCGACCGGGGAUUCUCUCUACAGCUACCGCUCCAUCUUCACUCUACUGGGACAAAAGAUGGUGUGGUGUUUGGUGUUUUGGGUGAAUGUGAGUGCCCUUGUCCGUUCAGGCUGUCCAGAGCAGGUCGUGUGGAUUGGCAGCAGUCUCUGCUCCCAGAAUCCUCCUCUUCUCUGUGGCGUGUGGACAGCAGUCUGGCCUCCGCUCUCUGUGCACGCUGGAACUGUAACACACAGUUACACUGCAGGUGGCCCAGACUGCCUACAGACAGUUCAUCCUCCCUUGAUUUUGGGGCAACACCUGUUAACGAGAGCAAGGUGAAGAAUUUGACCCUUAGGAACCCGAGUGGAUCUGUGGUUUCCAUGGAGAUCAGAACCCUGUCUUCAUAUCCCGCUCCGCUUGAGGCCCUGGACCUGCUCACCAAGUGGUUUAACAUCAGUCCCCUGUCGGUGAACAUCAGCACCACUGAAUUUACACUCCUGCCUGAACACAAGGCCGUGCAGAGACAGAGGGUGAUGGUUGGUGAGGGGGUGGUGAGGCUGAUGCUGCAGCCCUGGGAGACGAAGACGGUGUCUGUAUCUUUCACCCCUACAGAACACAAACACAUCACCUCACUACUGUUAAUCAGGAAUAACCUGUCAGUGUUUGACAUGGUGACAGUGAAGGGUUUUGGGGCCAAAGAGCUGCUUCGUGUGGGGGGCAAACUGCCUGGACCCUCGGCCUCCCUGCGAUUCAAUGUCCCUCAGUCCACACUGAUGGAGUGCAGAGACGGUUUGAGGAGCAGUAAGCCACUGUUUGCGAUCCAGAAGAGUUUUAAGGUGGAGAACGCGGGUGAGCUGCCCCUCACAGUCAUGUCCAUGAACAUUAAUGGAUAUAACUGUCAGGGCUUUGGCUUUGAAGUGCUACAGUGCCGCCCCUUCAGCGUGGACUACAACUCCUCCACAGAGAUCACCAUCGCCUUUACUCCAGACUUCACCUCGUCCUGGGUGAUUAGGGAUUUGACUCUGGUGACAGCGCGUGGCUCCAUGUUUCCCUUCACGCUGAACGUGACUCUGCCUCAUCACAUGCUGCCCCUGUGUGCCCAGGUGGUGCCCGGGCCCAGCUGGGAGGACAACUUCUGGAUGGUCACUCUGCUCUUCACCUGUUUCUCUCUGGUGGGCGUGUGUUUGAUGGCAUUCCAUCAGGCCCGGUACAUCCUCAGCGAAUUCUCCGCCCCCUCGUCACGCUCCAAUCACGGCUCGCCAGCGCCGCGGGAGAACGGUCAUGUGACGCACAACACCAAUCACGGCAGCAACAGAGCGAAAGGGAGCUGUAAAACCUAUGCAGACACAGGCCACACCUCCGACAAAGGAAAGGGGCGUGGCUCGCCCGCAGUGGCCCAUGGGACGGCCCGGACGCAGUCCUCCUCCAAGAAGGGUUCCGGAGGCUCCUCCUCCCAGCCCCAGAAAAAACACAAAGUCUCUCUUUUCUACUCCAGAUACAAAAUCAACUCCCACACAGCGGCCCAAGCCGCCUCCAGCGCGCACACACACACGUCCACACACACCCUGACAGAGGAGGAGGGGCGAGAGGAACAGCCGCCCAGUCACGACUCGGACGUCUGUAUCCUAGGCAACGGUAACGAGGAGGAGGCGAUGGAUGAGCCUGUGGAGUUAGAGCAGGACGCGGAGCACUUUAACCAGCCCAGUCAGGCCAAGCCGUCACAUGACCAUAUGUUUCCCAUGGAAACGACCUCUGACCUACCUAUAAACGAUCCAUUACCCAGAGCCAUGGAUGGAGGGAUGGAGGAGAGAGAGAGCAGCAGGAAGAGGGAUUCGGAGAAACGGAAUGUAGACGUGGAGGCUGAGGUUUGUGAGAACAGCGCCACCCAGAGGAGAAGGACAGAAAAGGCAGAAUGCAGUGUCUGGUCCCUGAGCAGUAAAGGAAAGAAGAAUGUGUCUAAGAGCAGGAGAAAGGCUCCAGAGGGCAUCUGGGGGGUUUCAGAACAGAGUGUAGUUCUCCUAACAGAGAGAGAGGGGGUGCCAGAGAGCAGAGAGCCACGGAACACCACUCAAACCAGGAACCACUGUCCCAAUUCCAAACUGGACCCCCCCAAAACAGCUGUAAACCCAGACAGCCCCCUCAAACAGAACGGUGCAGGUUUAACGCGUCCCCGGCGGAAGUGUAUGGAGCGGCGUCCACAGUGGGAGUCGGGUUCGGAUUCGGGCAGCUCCUCGGGCAGCGUGAGAGCCAGCCGCGGCAGCUGGGGCAGUUGGAGCAGUGCCAGCAGUGUGGAGGGAGAGAAAGAUGCCAACGCCAACGCCAGACUCCACUGCAACAGCGCCACCAGGAAAAGGGACCCAGGGGUGCAGUACAGUUCUUACCCCACAGAGAGAGAAUCCUACCACAACGUCAACUGCACUUACAAUACACAGAGCAGUCUGUACCUCAGAGAGCCUUGCCAAACCCCUGAGUCCACGCCGCUGCCCUCGUACAUGCCCAGUUUUGCUGAUGUGGCGGCUGGCAUGGAGAGGAACAUGGACAUGACCAACCCUUAUGUGUCAGAAGGCACGUGGCCCAGCCCCGCCCCCUCAGUCCCACUGACCAAUGAAUUCAGGUACAACAUGAGCGAUUCCCUCCCUCGUGGCCCCGCCCCUCCGCCCUCUGGCCACUAUAACGGAAGUUUUUUGUGGAACAAUGUGACCAGCCAGCACCACAGCCCCUACCCUUACAACAACCAAAACAGUUACGUCUUCAUGGGCAAUGCCAAUUUACAAAGCAGCUUCUCCUGCCCAGAGGGCCAGAGUGCGGCCCCGCCCGGUGUGGGGGGGUGGAGGGAGGAGUGUGUGCAGGAGACCACGUCUGUCUGGGACAACAGCAGCUGUGUGGGAUCCAAGCCGUAUUUCUCAGGUACACGUAGUCUGUCUCCCAUGUCCAGUCUGUUUGGCUCCAUUUGGACUCCUCAGAGUGAACCAUGUCACAGUCACUUCCUCCAGGACCGCCCCUUGUCUGCAGCCCCACCCCCAACUCCGCCCUCCCCGUUCACUUGUGACCCCGCCCCUUCCUGCCCUCCCAAACAGUAUUCCAGCUUCAAUCCAUUCGGCCCACACAUGAACCUGGACAUCUGGAAUAGUGCCUCUAAUCGCAGCUCCAAUUCCCAGCUUUCCAAUGAUUCUGGCUACUGUGCCGACAUCUGAACGCGACCACGAAUGUGCUUUUAUCAUUAAUGAGGAAGAAAAUAAUGUGAAAAU